AACACGAUUAUUUUUCAUUUUACGUUUCAUUUCGUUCGAUAUGUUUAUAGCUGAUUAAUUUCUUUUUAAAUAGUACUACGAUAAGAUUUCGAAAAAAAAGUAUACGGUUAAAUAAAGUUUCAUGUUAAUUGUAAGAUUGUUUUUAAGUGUCAAAAAGUAUAAAUAUUUUUAAUAAAAAAUUGCUACAGAUUUUACGGUAUCCUUUAAACUUUAUUUCAAUAUUUUAUUGUCAAUACGCGGUUUUCAUUCGAUUAGCAUAGAACAUUUAUGCGAUGUUGCGUGCAAAGUUAGCAGCCCGUACUUAUAAUGCGAUUUAAUAUUUAAUGUUGAUUACCUUGUGUGAUAGUAAAAAAGUAGAUGAAUUGAAAUGGUUACAUUCACUUUUUAUGCCAUUAACAGUCAGUAUUUUCUUGGAUACGAUUCAAAAGAGAAUGGCAAUUUUUAAUAACAAAUAAGGAAAUAUGACAUAUUUUUGUUGAAUUGUACCUAUUCGAAGUAUGUGUCGUGCAACUUUCAUCUCUUUAUUCUUCUUCAAAUUGAUUGGUCUCGCGACAUUUUCUAUAAUUACCGUCAAAAAAACAAAACAGUACAAAAAAAAGACCAUAUUCUUCAUUUAUAACAAACUGGGAAUAUGUUACAAUAUAAUACUCAGUUGUUUGGUUAUUGGAUCGACUUACAUCACACUGCCAAUUAUAUAUAACGCAGAGUAUUUUAACAAAACAACCAUAACGACAAGUAUCGAAAUUCUUCACGGAGUAUUAGGCAACAUAGUAAUCGGCGUGACCUUAUUCUGCUAUUGUUGCAAUCAAUUAGCGUUCGUGAAAUUUGGAAACCAUUUGAUUAAUAUCCUGGAGGAACUAAGACGUCUACGAGAACCGGUGAAUCGAAAACGAAUCGUGUCUGUUUUAACAUUAAUUUAUUUCUUCGAAUUGAUAUUGCUCCUUGUUCUUACAAUCAGUGAUUAUUUAACUUUUAAUUCGAAAUUUGGCUAUUGGUUAGUGAAUAUUUUACCGUCAUCUUUUGUAAAUUGGCUUUUCAUUCAAUAUUAUGCAGUAUUGCUCGUGAUGCAUGCAAUUUUUGUGAACAUGAACAAAAUCAUAGAAAAUACUUUCUUGAGUAGAACCGACGAUGUUCAGGUAAAUUAUUUGCAUCGAUCUUGUCGCGUAUUCAUCGACAGCGUCAAAAUUCAAUCUCUUAUGCAACUUCGAAAUAUUCACGGGCAUCUCUGCAACAUUUCCGUCCAAGUUUCGCAUUUUUAUUCUCUUCCAAUUCUGUUGGGAACUAGUUUAAAAUUCGUAGUAUCACUGUAUAAUUCGUAUUAUCUAUUCGAACCAUUCCUGGCGAAGAAUAUGACCGUAGAACCUGGGAUUAUAAUAAAUACUCUGCUUUGGUUAAUCUAUCUCCUGUAUCCAAUCGGUUUGUUGACCACCAAAGUGACCACGGUCAUUAACGAGGUCGAACAAACGGGAAGUAUCGUUCACGCGUUAUUGAAUCAUACGUUCGAUAAAGAAGUGAAAUCUGAGCUCAAACAGUUUUCGCUUCAGUUACUGCAUCAAAAGGUCAAGUUUACGGCUAAUGGAUAUUUUGUUCUUGAUAACACUCUUUUUAAAUCGAUACUCAGUACAGUGACGACGUAUCUGGUAAUUUUAAUUCAAUUUCAAAUGGGACCGGUGGAAUCAUCCUGUAACAUCGGUAAUUGCACGUGCAAUGAUACCGACAGAAAAGAUUAAUCCUUUCGGUAUUCCUGUAAGGAAGAUCGAGGUGCAGAUUAUCUAUAUUUUAUUACAAAUGAGGGUUAAUUUGCUUUUCAUAACUAAACGGUUAAUUGACCUGUAAAUAUUUUUGAAAAAUAAAUGAAAAUCCUCUUACAUUCGAAGUAAUUAUUUUGUGGCUGAUGAAAUGCACGCGCUAGAGGUAAAUAUAGGAACAAAGCAUACCAGUACGACACUCAGUAUCGUAUCCUCCUUUUUUUUUUUCUGUCUGUUUAAUUAGAAUUUAUCGACAAUUCCGUUAAAGAGGAAUAAUAAUACAUCAAUUGCAUGCAUGGCAGCGAAUUAUAUGAUCGUGGCUGAUUAACAUAUUUUGUUGCUCGCAACGAGUCUCUUCGUUUCUUCGUACGUACACGCGUACUGUUUGUGAUCACGAAUUUUAAAGCGUCUAAAAUACGAGUAUCUUCUAUUAUACUAUCAAGUAUUACGUGGUCACUUGUUCUUUUACGUCGAUUGUUGAACGGCGGAACGGGCCUUUGCUAACCCAACCUAUGUUUCAAAGUUUAAAUUAAAUUUCAGAUUCUUCUUUAUUAUUUCUUCAACAUAGAAAAGUUUUCCGCGAAAAGAACGUGGAUCUAGGUUGCAAUUUGCCCGGCUUCCGCUAUUCAAGGGUUAACAUCCUACAUUCGUACAUUUUCACUAACAGCUUUGUCUUUCACGAAUAUUCGACAGUAUUUCAGAUUGAAAUACUGAUUGAACGCGGAGCUAAGACAGCUAAAAUUAUGGAUUCCAGUACGAUCGAAAUAUAUUCAGAUCAAAAAUAUAUGUACAUUCUAGCGAAAUACUGUCCGAUAUUCGUUCGCUGGUUUAUUAAACCUCCGAGGACUAUACAUCCUCCAUAUUGGCAUUACACGAAGACUUGUUUACUCGUAUAUCGGUGAACUUAACUUCGAACAAUUGUUUCAACAGCUAAUAACACCAUAAUGCGUCGUCUGAAAAAUAUCGUAUCAAAUAUUCUCUGCUAAUCCCCUCUCACCGAUCCGGUUUCAUUAGUCUGUCUUGCAGUAAAUCGGCGGAGAAGAAAGA